ACGGAUUGUAUAAAAGUCGAAACAGAGCGACUGAAAAUCAUUCGAUCGAUUCAGUUCGCCAAAACUUCCUUGGCAUUGAUAUAUCGACAAUUUCGACAUGACCAAGACGAUCGCGAUCUUUCUGCUGGCAGUCGCUCUAAUCGCAACAUCGGCGAUGGCCCAAUUCGGCGGUGGACCUGGAGGAUUUGGCGGCGGGGGUGGAGGACCAGGAUUUGGAGGUGCAGGAGGAGGAGGUCCAGGUGGAUUUGGCGGAGGUGGAGGAGGUCCGGGUGGAUUCGGUGGAGGUGGAGGAGGUCCGGGUGGAUUCGGUGGAGGUGGAGGUGGACCAGGAUUUCUCCAAGCAGGAUUUGUCGACGAAGGUUUUGUGGAUGAAGGAUUCGUAAACGAAGGAAUCGGCAGAAAAUGACUGCGCGGUUGCAACCGUGAAGAUCAGCGAUUAAAAAGGACCUCGCAAGAAUCAGGAUUUGACAAUGGAAACAAUUCUUUAAAUAUUUCACCUCGACUUCUGUAUAUUAUUAAUCCUCACUGUAUUCGCAAUGCAAAAUAAAUAUCAAAAAUGUAACAAAACUUAAUAAAUGGAAAAACAAAA